AGGUUAGGGUUAGUAAUGUAAUCAUGCACCGCCAUACAAAUUCUUCUUUUUAUUUUGAUAUUAUAUAAAUAUAGUUCCUUGAGCCAUUUUACUUUCAUCUGCGCUUCCUGUUAUUGUGUGCUCUUAGGGACAGGCCUGCAAUCGUUGCUUCUAUUCAGCAGAGCUUUCUAUUCGGUUGCAAUGGCAGAUGCCCAUGAGACUGAUAGGAACAUUGAGAUCUGGAAGAUUAAGAAACUGAUUAAGGCACUUGAAGCUGCAAGAGGCAAUGGCACCAGCAUGAUCUCUCUCAUCAUGCCUCCUCGUGAUCAGAUAUCUCGUGUGACUAAGAUGCUUGGAGAUGAAUUUGGAACUGCUUCUAACAUUAAGAGCAGGGUCAAUCGUCAGUCUGUUUUGGGCGCUAUCACAUCUGCCCAGCAGAGGCUUAAGCUCUACAACAAGGUUCCUCCGAAUGGGCUUGUUCUCUAUACUGGUACAAUCGUUACUGACGAUGGCAAGGAGAAGAAGGUCACCAUUGAUUUUGAGCCUUUCAGGCCCAUCAAUGCCUCUCUUUACCUCUGUGACAACAAGUUUCAUACUGAAGCUCUGAACGAGCUUUUGGAAUCUGAUGACAAGUUUGGUUUCAUUGUCAUGGAUGGUAACGGUACACUCUUUGGGACUUUGAGUGGUAACACUAGGGAGGUGCUGCACAAAUUCAGUGUUGACCUUCCAAAGAAACAUGGAAGAGGAGGGCAAUCAGCUCUGCGUUUUGCUCGUCUUCGGAUGGAGAAGCGCCACAACUAUGUGAGGAAGACAGCGGAGCUUGCCACACAGUUUUAUAUUAACCCUGCCACUAGCCAGCCCAAUGUUUCAGGAUUGAUACUGGCUGGUUCAGCUGACUUCAAAACUGAGUUGAGUCAGUCGGAUAUGUUCGACCCCCGUCUUCAGGCCAAGAUAUUGAAUGUGGUGGAUGUUUCUUAUGGAGGAGAGAACGGGUUUAAUCAGGCUAUAGAGCUGUCCUCGGAGAUCCUUUCCAAUGUCAAGUUUAUUCAAGAGAAGCGGUUGAUAGGAAAAUACUUUGAGGAGAUCAGCCAGGAUACAGGGAAGUAUGUGUUUGGGGUGGAUGAUACACUGAAAGCUUUGGAGAUGGGUGCUGUGGAUAUACUCAUCGUGUGGGAGAGCUUGGAUAUCAAUAGGUACACUUUGAAGAACACCAGCACUGGUGAAAUUGUCAUUAAACACUUGAACAAGGAACAGGAAAGCAAUGUCAACAACUUUAGGGACUCUAAUGGCUCUGCUGAACUAGAGGUUCAAGAGAAGACAUCAUUGCUCGAGUGGUUUGCUAAUGAGUACCGGAAAUUUGGAUGUUCACUCGAGUUUGUGACCAACAAAUCACAGGAGGGAUCCCAGUUCUGUCGUGGAUUUGGUGGUAUAGGGGGAAUUCUUCGAUACCAGCUUGAUAUGAGGACACUUGAUGAGUACUCUGAUGAUGGAGAAGUUUACGAUGAUUCUGAAUAGCAAUCAAUAAACUCUUUCCUAAAGCUGGUGCAGGAGUAUGGGAGUAAAAACCUGCACCAGUGCAAGGGCUCGCCCUUGCUGCCGCUCCGCUCCCUAUCGAAUCAUUUCUAUGACUUUGCCUUUGCCUUAAUGAAGGAUACCAUGCUGCAGUUGGAGGUGGUUCUGUGUUGGUAUCGUGUUCACUUCCCCUUGGUUGAAGAAAUCGUCUGGAGAAUGGAGGGGCAUCAUCAUCCAAUCAAAGCUUUAAGCGACUGACUUGGGAUGAACAAAGACAAAUCUGCCCCAAAAAGCUUUGCAACCAAAAUCCUAUCCUCUUUUAUUACUGUUAUUCUAUUGCAUCUUUUUUGUGUUUGGUUCAAGUUCUCCAUUAAACGCUUUUUGUUUGCGGUGGAGCAAAUAAGUAACCAUUGCUUUUCGAUGGUACAUUGACACCUUGGCUUUAUGGUAUUGAUUCUGUGGUUUAGACUA